ACGAUGGCGCGGUAAUGUCUGGCGGCAACACGCGUUGUUCGCGUGACAGAAACAUUUGAAAAAUGUUUAUAUUGAAUUUAACGUUUUAUUUAAAUAUUUGCAAUAGUUAACCCGUGAUUUAUGCGAACAUUACAAUAUAAUGCUUUGUUACGAUAUCUCGUCGUGAAUGGUUGAUUGUAUGUCAGGCAAAAUACAACGUAACCUUAAAAGGAGGUUCAAGUGUGCUUAUGCACUUGAAAAAAAAUAUAUUUAUUACAAGAAAAUAUUGAAAAAUGGCCCAACGAUUGUCUAAUAAAGCAAAAUUAAAGUCGCUUGUACAAGUCGCCGCUGCUGCUACUGUUUUAUAUGGGGGUUAUAACAUAUAUAGAGGUGAUGAAAGGUUCUAUAAUAAGUAUAUUAUUCCUGUUGCACAACUACUGAACCCCGAACUCGCGCACAAUAUUACCGUAAAGAUUUUAAAAUGGGGCCUUUUGCCUGGACAAAAAACAAAAGAUCCAAGCUCUCUUGCUAUCAACGUUUGGGGCCUGGGAUUCAAACAUCCAAUAGGUAUGGCAGCUGGUUUCGACAAGCAAGGAGAAGCUGUGGAGAAUUUGGACAAAAUAGGUUUUAGUUUUGUAGAGAUAGGAUCUGUCACACCAAAGCCUCAGCCUGGUAAUCCUCUACCUAGGAUAUUUAGAUUAGUAGAAGAUAAUGCGGUUGUCAAUAGGUAUGGCUUUAACAGCGAAGGUCAUGACUCUGUGUGGGAACGUCUGAAAAAGCUCAGGACUGAAGAAAACUACAAUGGUAUAAUUGGAAUCAAUUUGGGCAAAAACAAAACUUCUGAAGAUGCUGUACAAGACUACAUAGAUGGCAUUAAGAAGUUUGCAGAUGUGGCAGAUUAUUUUGUAAUCAAUGUAUCUAGUCCUAAUACUCCAGGAUUGAGAUCAUUGCAAAAUAAGAAGGAGUUGGAACAUUUACUGACAAAAGUAAAUGAAGUUAGACAAUCUAUACAGAGUACUCAACCAUUAUUACUGAAACUUGCUCCAGAUUUGUCUGAAUCUGAACGGGAAGAUAUCGCGAAUGUAAUACUAAAGAAGAAGUCUAAAGUAGACGGCUUAAUACUAUGCAAUACUACAGUUACGCGAAACAAUUUAGUAAGCCAUCUCAAAAACGAAAGCGGAGGACUCAGUGGAGCUCCUCUUGCCAACAUGUCGACGGCAAUGAUUGCUGAUAUGUAUAAAAGAACGCAAGGCACCAUUCCAAUCAUUGGAGUCGGUGGAAUCUUCAGCGGAGAAGACGCCUACAAUAAAAUCAAAGCUGGUGCUUCUUUGGUGCAAGUUUACACAUCGUUUACGUAUUUUGGACCACCGAUAAUAGGAAAAAUUAAACGAGAAUUGGAUGACGCGCUCAAACGAGAUGGCCUAACAUCCAUCAAGGAUGCAAUUGGGAAAGAUACUGGCAUCAGAUAAACUGUUCAAACGAUUGAGACGAUCUUCUAGUUAGGUGUUAAUUCUGUAAUUUUAAAGAAUUAUGUAAAUUACAUAAAUUUAAUUGUUAUACUUUUUAUUUUCUGGGGUUACGCCGUUAAGAGACUAUUAUGUAUAGAUCAAAUGUGUAGUAUCGACAAUUAAAUAAUUUGUAUGAUA